CACCGAUUUUUUUAAACCGGCACUUUUUGGUGGUUAUGAAGUAUUCCUACAACAAAAUUUGAUUUAGCCUAGUGGAAUAAAACUAAGAAUUGCGUGCUCGGACAAUGUCUGCUUCUGUAUGUUGUCUCUGUGGCAGGAGGCUCGUAAACGUCAACGGAAAUACUGAGAAGGAUGACACUUCCCCGCCAUUAUUUUUACCAAAGCUCAAAGUAUAUGCUCCAUAUAUUCCUGGCACAACAUAGUUUUCAUAAAUUAUAUAUAAUCUUCUAGAGACUGCGUCCAUUCUCAACGCAUCACACAGUCCUCUCUGCACAGUGGAAAAGGAAAAAUGAUGCGGACAUCUACCCUGCCCGAACAGCCCGUGCCGGUGGAAGGGAAGGAAACAGAAGUGCUGGAGGAAGUAAAGAAGAAGAGUGAUCCGAAAGGCUUGCCAUUUUAUAAGCUUUUGAAGUACGCAGACUUUCUCGACUGGACUUUAAUGGCUCUAGGGACUGUAGGAUCCGUUGUCCAUGGGAUGGCUCAACCUAUUGGAUAUUUGUUGCUUGGCAAAGCACUAAAUGCUUUCGGGAGUCAUAUCAACGACAAACAGGGCAUGGUUAAAGCUCUGAAAGAGGUUAUUCCAUAUGUGUGGUACAUGGCCUUGGCAACUUUCCCUGCUGGAAUUCUAGAGAUUGGAUGCUGGAUGUAUGCAAGUGAAAGACAAACAGCACGAAUCAGAUUAGCAUUCCUGAGAUCGGUCCUCAGCCAGGAAAUUGGAGCUUUCGAUACUGAACUAUCCAGUGGAAAAGUCAUUGCCGGGAUAAGUACUCACAUGAGUGUAAUACAGGAUGCUAUAGGAGAGAAGCUGGGGCACUUCCUUUCGUGCUCCGCCACUUUCUUUUCUGGAGCCUUGAUUGCCUUCAUUUGCAGUUGGGAAGUUUCACUGGUCACCUUGUUUGUAGUUCCCCUGAUUCUACUGAUUGGAGCCACCUACACCAAGAAAAUGAAUGCCAUCUCAGCUGCUAAAAUGGUUUGCCUAUCCGAAGCUACUACCGUUGUGGAACAGACCAUAUCUCAUAUAAAGACAGUCUUUGCAUUUGUCGGAGAGGAUCGCGCAAUUAAGUCAUUCUCAGAAUGCAUGGACAAUCAGUCUGUUAUGAGCAGAGGAGAGGCACUAAUAAAGGGAGUUGGUACAGGAAUGUUUCAAACUGUGACCAACUGCUCUUGGGCACUAAUCAUAUGGAUCGGAGCAUUCGUGAUUACUGCUGGAAGAUCGAGUGGAGGGAACGUCAUAGCAGCAGUCAUGAGCAUCCUCUUUGGAGCUAUCUCAAUCACUUAUGCUGCAUCAGACAUGCAAGUAUUUAACCAAGCAAAAGCAGCAGGAAAUGAAGUUUUCAAGGUGAUCCAGAGGAAACCGAUUAUUAGCAAUGCUUCCGGGGGGAUCAAAUUGAAGGAAAUCGAGGGAAACAUCGACAUAAGGAGCAUUCACUUCGCUUACCCGUCCCGAGAAGAUAAAGUGAUUCUUCGAGGUUUUACGCUGUCGAUUCCAGCAGGACGGACGGUGGCAUUAGUUGGCAGCAGCGGGUGUGGGAAAAGCACAAUCAUAUCCCUGGUUGCAAGAUUCUAUGAACCAUCAAAAGGGGUCAUUCUCAUAGAUAACCAAAACAUCAAGGAUCUUGACUUGAAGUUCCUACGCCAAAAUAUUGGAGCAGUUUCCCAAGAACCAUCACUGUUUGCUGGCACUAUCAAGGACAAUCUUAAAGUAGGAAACCUGGAUGCAGAUGACCAACAAAUAGAGAAUGCAGCAAUCAUGGCAAAUGCACAUAAUUUCAUUUCACAACUUCCAGAUAAGUACUUGACAGAGGUGGGGCAAAGGGGCUUCCAGCUAUCAGGAGGGCAAAAACAAAGAAUUGCCAUAGCCAGAGCCGUUCUCAAGGAUCCUCCGAUACUUCUGCUCGACGAGGCUACAAGUGCUCUUGAUUCAGAAUCAGAGAUGCUGGUUCAAGAGGCAUUGGAGAAGGCCAUGCAGGGAAGAACAGUGAUCCUGAUUGCACACAGAUUGUCGACCAUUGUCAACUCGGAUGAGAUUGCCGUAGUAGAGAACGGACAGGUUAAAGAGACAGGAACGCAUAGCACCUUGUUGGACACCAGCAAAUUUUACAACAGCUUAUUCAACAUGCAGAACAUCAGUGUUCUUCGUGAUGAAAGGUUCCUCACCGGCCCGUGUUUUUUGUUGAAUGACAGAACUGAUGUAUCUUCGAAAGAUCCUGAAAUUGACCAACCCCGUGGCUCACCUCAAAGCAGAGUUUUCAACGAAAUGGGUUCACAGACAGAAGAAGGCCUUGGAGAAGAUCCUGAGCAAGAGGAGCACAAGAAAAGAUCAGAACAUGUCCGCUUCUUUAGAAUCUGGUUUGGGUUAAGGAGGGCGGAACUCGUCAAGACGGCCAUCGGCUCUAUUGCAGCAGGUUUCUCUGGAAUCUCGAAGCCUGUUUUCGGGUUCUUCAUCAUAACAAUAGGUGUCGCAUAUUACCAUAAAGACGCCAAGUGGAAAGUUGGACGGUACUCGAUCGCGUUCUCCGCAAUCGGGUUGGUAUCAUUAGUCUCUCACAUCUUGCAGCAUUACUACUUCGGUAUGGUCGGUGAGAAGGCCAUGACAAACCUCAGAAAAGCUCUCUUUUCAGGUGUACUGCGCAACGAAUUCACUUGGUUUGAGAAACCCGAGAACAGUAUUGGGACGGUCACUUCGCGAAUCAUCAACGAUACAUCCAUGGUGAAAGUGAUCAUUUCCGAUCGCAUGUCUGUGAUUGUGCAAUGCAUCUCUUCUAUACUGAUCGCAACGGUGGUUAGCUUGAUUGUAAAUUGGAGAAUGGCUCUAGUAGCUUGGGCUGUGAUGCCCUGCCACUUCAUCGGCGGUCUCAUUCAAGCCAAGUCGGCCAAAGGGUUUUCCGGCGAUUCUGCAGAAGCGCAUCGCGACGUCAUUUCCCUAACUUCCGAGUCGGCGACAAACAUAAGAACCGUGGCAUCUUUCUGCUAUGAAGAGGAGAUUCUGAGGAAAGCCGAGUUAGCGCUGGAAAUCCCGAAGAAAGAGAGCAGGAGAACAAGCAUCAAAUAUGGCAUAAUCCAAGGAUUCUCUCUUUGCUUAUGGAACAUUGCACAUGCAGUCGCCCUGUGGUACACCACAGUCUUGGUUGAUAAACGCCAAGCCACGUUUGAAGACGGCAUAAGAUCGUACCAGAUUUUCUCGCUCACAGUACCUUCGAUUACCGAGUUGUGGACCCUUAUCCCCACCGUGUUAUCGGCCAUGAACAUACUCGCUCCUGCCUUCCAGACCCUCGACCGGAAAACCAAGAUCGAACCGGACGUACCGGAAGAUACACAUCCAGGGAGGAUCGAAGGAACUGCCCAAUUCCAGAACGUCAAGUUCAACUACCCGUCUCGACCAGAAGUUACUGUCUUGAGGAAUUUCACGCUGAAAAUCGAAGCCGGGACGAAGGUGGCUCUGGUCGGGCCGAGCGGAACCGGGAAGUCCUCUAUCCUGGCCCUUCUGCUGAGGUUCUAUGAUCCCAUGGAAGGGAAGGUGCUAAUUGAUGGGAAGGACAUUAAAGAAUACAACUUGAGAUGGCUGAGGACACAAAUAGGGUAUGUGCAGCAAGAGCCAAUCCUAUUUAGUUCCUCCAUUAGAGACAACAUCUGUUAUGGAAACAGCGAGGCGACGGAAGCCGAAAUAAUCGAGGUGGCGAGGCAAGCCAACAUACACGAGUUCAUAAGCGGCUUGCCGGACGGCUACGACUCUCUAGUUGGGGAGAAGGGCUGCCAGCUUUCUGGGGGACAGAAGCAGAGAAUAGCCAUAGCGAGAACUCUGCUGAAGAAGCCGGCGAUGUUGCUCCUGGACGAAGCGACGAGCGCCCUAGAUGCCGAAUCGGAAAGGAGCAUCGUGAGUGCCCUGGAGGCUGCAAAUGAGUCUGGCAGCGGCGGCCUCUUGUCCCGGACCACCGUGAUCACGGUGGCGCACAGGCUCUCCACCAUAGUGAAAUCGGACAGCAUCAUAGUCAUGGACAACGGGGAGAUCGUGGAGAUAGGCCCCCAUUCGACCCUGGUCAAAUCAAAAAGCGGAGUGUAUUCCAGACUGUAUCAGCUCUGGAGCUUCAAAGAAUGAUCGGGUACCUAGGCAGUAACUCUAUCCUGAGAAUCGAAUCGAAUCGAAUCAAAUCGAGAAUUUCAGGAUCAUUGUAGAACUAGGAAUGGUUUUCCUUCUAUGUUUUCCAUUCU